GCGGGGCUCUCGUCUUCACUAAUAACUACAACUCCCAUAAUGCUCUUUGACUCCACCCUCAGAGGAAGUUGAAGAAACUUGGAGAAAAAAAAAAAAAAGAUUUUUCUUGCUGUAGUGUUUGUGUUCCAAGUUCGAUAUCACAUGUAAAGGUAAGCUGUACAAAUAUCUGUCAGAAAGAUUGGUGUGGUUUCGAUGCUAGCGGCCACGCUUGGAUUUUUUUUUUUUUUGUGCAGUUUUUUUUUUGGCAGCUUGCAAUUAGUGGCGUCAGUAGCAUCCACGUGCUUUGUGAGAGCGUGAUAAGUUUGUGUGUCACAGUCCAGCACUGAGCGGAGAACACGACUGACUGCUGAAGCGGGCUACGGCUAUUUCCUGCGUCUCCUUCACUCACACAGGUGCUAUGGCAGAACGGGUGUUAGUGGUCGGCAGCGGCGGGCGGGAGCACGCCCUGGCAUGGAAGUUGGCCCAGUCCCCUCAGGUUCAGCAAGUCCUUGUGGCCCCGGGUAACGCAGGCACAGCAAACUGUGGAAAGAUCAAGAACUGUGAGGUGUCUGUGAGUAACCACACUAUUCUGGCUCAGUACUGUAAGGAUCAUCAUGUCAGGCUGGUUGUUGUGGGUCCUGAGGUUCCCCUGGCAGCAGGUAUUGUGGACGACCUGCUGGCUGCUGGAGUGCCGUGUUUUGGCCCCUCUGCCAAAGCAGCUCAGCUGGAGGCGAGCAAGAGCUUUUCCAAGGCCUUCAUGGACCGUCACGGCAUCCCCACAGCCCAGUGGAGUGCUUUCACAGACCCACAGGAGGCCUGCAACUAUAUCCGCACGGCCAACUUUCCUGCGCUGGUGGUAAAAGCCAACGGGCUAGCAGCAGGAAAAGGUGUUAUUGUGGCUUCAGACCAGGACGAGGCCUGUCGGGCUGUGAUGGACAUAGUGAAGGACAGAGCCUUUGGAGCUGCUGGGGAGACGGUGGUGAUUGAAGAGCUUUUAGAGGGAGAGGAAGUGUCUUGUUUGUGUUUCAGUGAUGGCUCCUCUGUGGCUCCGAUGCCUCCAGCUCAGGAUCACAAACGACUGCAGGAUGGAGACAAAGGCCCAAACACAGGUGGAAUGGGGGCGUACUGCCCCACCCCUCAGGUGAGCCAGGAGCUGCUGCAGCGGAUCACAGAGACGAUCCUUCAGAAGACUGUGGAUGGGAUGAAGGAGGAGGGAACUCCUUAUGUGGGCGUGUUGUAUGCGGGGCUGAUGCUGACCAAGCAGGGGCCAAAAGUCCUCGAGUUCAACUGUCGCUUUGGAGACCCUGAGUGCCAGGUGCUGCUCCCCCUGCUAAAGAGCGAUCUUUAUGAAGUCAUCUUGGACACCAUGAAGGGCAGACUGGCCUCCAGCACCCCCUUGUGGCAUCAGGACAGCUCUGCAGUCACGGUGGUGAUGGCCAGCUCUGGGUAUCCCAGCUCUUACCAGAAAGACAUCAAGAUCACGGGUUUGUCCCAAGUUCAGGAAUUGGGGCUGCAGGUUUUCCACGCUGGCACGGCGCUGAAGGACGGGCGUGUAGUGUCCAGUGGUGGACGGGUUCUGACAGUCACUGCAGUCAGGCCAUCCCUAGAGACAGCCUUGGAGGCAGCCAAUCAGGGAGUGGCGGCUGUCGGUUUUCCGGGUUCUGUGUACCGCCAUGAUAUCGGCCACCGGGCCAUCAUGCACCUGAACCGUCACAGAUGUCUGACUUACAAGGACAGUGGAGUGGACAUCACUGCAGGAAACAAGCUGGUGGACAUCAUCAAACCUCUGGCAAAGGCUACGGCCAGGGCUGGAUGUAAUGCAGAGUUGGGAGGUUUUGCAGGACUCUUUGACCUUAAAGCUGCAGGUUUCACUGAUCCCAUCCUGGUUUCUGGGACAGAUGGAGUGGGGACCAAACUCAAGGUGGCUCAGGUGUACGGUGAGCACGGCAGCCUGGGUCAGGACCUGGUGGCCAUGUGUGUGAAUGAUGUGCUAGCUCAGGGCGCCGAGCCGCUCUUCUUCCUUGACUACUUCUCCUGCGGCAGCCUGGAUGUGGGCGUGGCUGCAUCUGUGGUUGCCGGCAUCGCCAAAGCCUGUGAGGCAGCAGGCUGUGCUCUGCUGGGAGGUGAGACGGCAGAAAUGCCAGGUGUCUACGCUCCGGGAGAGUACGACCUAGCCGGGUUCUGUGUCGGCGCGGUGGAACGUGGAGCCCUGCUGCCGCGACUAAGGGAUAUUGCUGAGGGGGACCUGCUGAUUGGAGUGGCCUCCUCUGGAAUCCACAGCAACGGCUUCAGCCUGGUCCGAAAAAUCCUGGAGCGGGCCAAGAUCAGUUACAGCUGUCUUGCUCCAUUUGGGAAGUCGGGACAGACCGUCGGGGAAGUCUUGCUCACACCAACUAAAAUCUACAGCCGCCUGCUGCUGCCGAUCCUCCGCAGCGGUGCUGUAAAAGCCUACGCCCACAUCACAGGGGGCGGGCUUCUGGAGAACAUCCCUCGCGUGCUGCCCGCAGAGCUGGCAGCCGAUUUAGAUGCCUCUCGGUGGAACAUCCCGGCUGUCUUUUCUUGGAUCCACAAGGAGGGAGAUGUGAGCGAGGAGGAAAUGGCCCGAACCUUCAACUGCGGCCUCGGGGCGGUGCUGGUCGUGGCCCCCCUGGAUGCUCAGUGGGUCCUGCGUCAGCUGCAGGCCCCCGAGGAAUCCUGGAUUGUGGGCUCACUGGCUUACAAACAGCCUGGAGCGGAGCCUGUGGUGCUCCGCAACCUGAAACACAGCCUGCAGAACAUGAGCCCCGUCUCCAGCACACAGCUGGAGUCUGAGAAUGGGGGUUACCAUGGUGAUAGCAGCACACCACACAGGAAGACCAAAGUCGCUGUUCUCAUCUCUGGCACAGGCACCAACUUGCAGGCCCUGAUCGAGCAGGCCAGGUGUCCAUCCAGCUCAGCGGAGAUCGUGGUUGUCAUCUCCAACAGGCCUGGCGUCCAGGGUCUGAAGAGAGCCUCGCUGGCAGGAAUUCCAACACGAGUGGUGGAUCACAAGCUCUACGGGAGCAGAGCCGAGUUUGACGGCACGAUUGACCGUGUGCUGGAAGAAUUUGAGGUGGAGCUUGUGUGCCUGGCUGGAUUCAUGAGGAUCCUGAGGGGAACGUUUGUCAGGAAGUGGAACGGAAAGCUGUUGAACAUUCAUCCAUCCCUGCUGCCGUCGUUCAAAGGCGUGAACGCCCAGAAGCAGGCUCUGCAGGCCGGCGUGCGCGUCAGUGGCUGCACAGUUCACUUUGUCGCGGAAGAGGUUGACGCCGGAGCCAUCAUCGUGCAGGAGGCGGUGCCUGUGCUCAUGGACGACACAGAGGAGAGUCUGGCUGACAGGAUCCGCAAGGCUGAGCACCAAGCGUUCCCUGCGGCUCUGGAGCUGGUUGCCAGCGGCGCCGUCAGGCUGGGAGAGGACGGCCACCUGGUGUGGAGGUCACAUGUUCAGAGCUGAGCGAAUCACGUGACAUUCUGUUCACACAGACAUUAACCAGAGAAAUAGAAAGCCCAUUCUCUAAUCCUUAGGUAUCAGAGGUCAAAGGACAGACUGGCCCAAAAGUAUUUGGACAGUGCCACACAUGAUUGAGAUGCUUUUAGUAUAAACUUUUAGGUUUAAUUCAAAGGGUUAAACAAAAAUAUCACAAUAAUUUAGGAGUAAUGACCACUUUUAUCCUGCUGGUAUGAAAUACUGUUCAUCAGUUUUCACUUGUUAGCAUGAUAUCUCAAGAACCACUUGACCUAGUUCAUUUAUAUUUAGCAUAACGUGUACUUCGGUGAUUUCCUGACACUUUGUAUGACUGAUUGGUGAGGAAGGGGAGGAAUUAUAUCAUCUCCUGAUGACUCUUGUUAUACACCGUGCGUUAAUUUACAGAAGCUACGUAAGUGACUUAAAUGUAAGGAUUAUUGUUGAUACAAAUUACAGCCUCUUUAUAAAAGUCAGGGGAUGGAUACAUUAACAUUUCAGUCAUUGAAUAUGUUUUAAACUUACUAGCAAUAAACAUCAUGGUACUGUAUGGUAAGAUUAAUGAGUCAACACCCCCGAGUCACACUAACUGCCAGAAU